UUGAUAUUGUGUUGACUUGUCAUGACGAAAAAUCGAAGUCAUUUCUUAUAAUGUCAAUAACUGACAGGUGCCAGGAAUCCCCUGUGCUUCAUGUGGUUGUUGUUGGAUUUCAUCACAAAAAGGGAUGCCAGGUUGAAUACUCCUAUCCUCCACUUCUGGAGGGGAAUGACGUAAACAGUUCCGAGGUCCCACCGGAAUGGAAGCACCUCGCCUCCUUGGCUAUACCUGAUGGAGCACAUAAUUACAAGAAAGAUACAAUUUACUUUCAUCUUCCAUCUCGGGAUGGUACAUACAGGACUGUAUAUGGAGUGGCCUGCUAUAGGCAAAUUGACUCUUCAGAAUUGGUGAAGAAAUCCUCAGAAGUUACAAGGAGCACAGUCCAGAAGAGUGUUUGUGUUUUAAGUCGAUUGCCUCUUUAUGGUCUUAUUCAGGCCAAGCUGGAGUUAAUUACUCAUGCUUAUUUUAAAGAACUGGAUUUUAGUAAAGUGGAAGUGCUAGAAGAUACAUAUAAAAAUCUCAGCUUGUCCUUGACAGAGAGUCUUAGGGAUGGAUCCCAAGUUUUUCUAGGAAUGUCGGUUCGAGAUGUGGUGACACAAUUCAGACACAAAAUAGUACUACUUUUCAAACUAAUCCUCCUGGAACGAAGAGUUCUCUUUACUGGUGCUCCUGUCCAGACUUUAUGUAACACAAUCCUUGCCAUUCUCUCACUUUUUCCAGGUAUGAUAGAAAAUGGAUUAGAAGAAUCAGCCAGUGUAGAGCUUAACAGACAACUGUCCCCCACACUGAGAAACGCAAUGUGUUCAGACAGCAGUGAGGAAUUUCUGGAGGUCUGUUACCAUGAUGAAAAGGUGACAAUCACAAGGAGCUCUCCAAAGAAAGAAAAAGAGGAAGCAGCAUAUACUGAACCAGAGGAACUUGAGAUUCCAAGAGAUGGAAUGGACUCCACCAAAAAGACAGAAAAUAAUGAUGCAAAGGAUGAAAAUAAGAAUUCCAGCAAUGUUCAAGACUUUGAACAGUCUCAGUGUGAUGAGGUUCAAACAAAGACGGUGAGGAGCUUAUCUGACACUGGGGAGUCAAAGUCAGAAAAACAAACCAAAUCAAGUCGCUAUAAUGUUAAACGGACACUUUCUGAGAGUUAUGCACUGGAUUUUGAAAAUGUGAAUCAGGCAUCAUCCAGCUCUGGAAAAAGUGAAAAUUCAGUUUCUUUCUCCGAUGAUCCUCUAGCCCACGUAAAGGAUAUCACCCAACUGAAGGCCAUUCAAACUGGAACUAUUGUAAGACAGCUAGACUCUGUGGUAAAUGUUGAGGAAUUCAAUUUAGAAAAGCUAGAAAACUUGAGUGAUGACGAGAAAGAUCCCCCCUCUAAGUUUGAGAUUUCAUUGAACUUGGAGGAUGCCCGAGAGGUGUUGAAAAGGAGUGAGGGGGUGGAGGAGUUGGACUCACCUGAGAGCAUACAGAAGAUUGAUCAGGAGGACUGUUUCUCUUGGGAGGAGGAUAGACUACUGUUAACCAUUGAACACAAAGAAUCCAUUAGUGAAGUAGAAUCAUCAGAUCAGCAAAAAAUUAACCAAUCAGAUUCCAAGAAGCAGUCAUGUGAUACUCAGGAUUCUGGGAUUGAUAUUGGAUCACCAAGUAUAAAAGAAUAUGACAAGACGGAUAGUUUUGAGAAAGAGAGUUCAGAGGUCACAGAAAAGGGCAUUCCAGAUAGUGACCCCAAAAGAAGUCCUGGAAAGAAGGCAGCAGCAAUCAAGAAUAAGAUAAGUUCAGCUUUUAGUGGGCUGAAGGUGAAGAAGGGAAGUGGGAUCCAUGAGCCAACGUCACCCACCGACGAGAAUUCAGCUGUGGAAAUGAACGUUGUUCUGAGGUCUUCCAAACUUACACAAGAUGACUGUGGUUUUCCACUUGCUGUUUUUACUAAAGGUUGUGUGCUUCAUCCAUACCUUUCCCUGCAGUACUUUGAUCUUAUGUCAGAUGUCAAUGUCAGAAGCUUUGUCAUUGGAGCCACCAAUGUACUGUUUAGACAGAAACGCCAUCUGACAGACAUUGUUAUUGAGGUGUCUGAAUCGGAGGAGGGUAAGAUUGAUAUCCAUGAUCGAGAGUUAUACCGUCUCCUUCAUCUGACCACCGCUGACCUCCGAUUUGCUGACAUUAUCAUUAAAGCUGUUCUAGGGGAAGAUUCUGAUGACCCAUACCUAGAUGGAACAGAGUGGGAGGGAGGAGAUGAAUGGAUUCAGUCCCAGUUUAAAGCCUACCUCCAAUCAAUGCUGGCAACCAUGGAAAAGAAUGAUUCAAAGCUUCUUGAGGAUUAUGGGACAGCUUUUUGUCAAGCAUACAGGACUACUCAUAACUAUAGGCAGUGGAGUGGAACCAGUCAUCCAGGCAUGGCUAAUGUUCUGGUUGGACACCCAUGUCAGGGAAAUUUAGCAAUGUCUGACAUCAAGAUGAGACUAUCACAUAAUCUACAGAACACUGAGAGGGGUAAGAAGAUCAAUGCCGCUAUGGUACAAACUGGGCGAUAUGUGGAACAGGCUGGAAAGGCAGUGGGUGGCGCCAUAGUUAAUGCCAAAUCUGCCGUGUCUUCGUGGUUCAGUGGAUGGAGGAAUCCAAAGGGAGACAACCUGCCCCCACAAAGCUGAUUACUAAACAUGAAUAUAUAUGAUAUAUAUAUUUAUUGAAGUGCUUCUGAAUUGGUUUAGUAAAUGAUUGUGUUGCAUAAUAUUGUUACAAGCAGUGAUUUCUGAAUGCAUUGAAUGACAACUAAGUAAUUUAUAUAAUUGAUAUAGGAUUGACAUGUCCAUUUUUUCAACUAAUUUCAUGGUUCUUUGUAAAACACUAGACAGUGAUUUUUAUGUAUUCACAAGCUUGUAUCAUUUAACUAUGUAUGGCAUUAAUAACUGGAAUACAGUCACUUAGUAUUUGGCAAUGCAUUUACCAAAGAAUUAUGCAGAUAUUCUUCAGAUUUUGCUGCACUGUUGUUUUAAACCAUGGAGACAAAAUUUACUGCACCAUCUAACCACUUAUGAUAUAUGCACCAGCAAGUUGUUCACUUAAAGUAUAUUAUUUACAAUGUAUUAAUUUCUAAAGAAGAAAAGUAUAUGACUCAUUUUCAUGUAUAAAUUGUCAUAAAUAUGUCAUAGAUGAUUCUUUGUUAUGCUACUAGUCAACUUCACAGUUACAUUUAGGUGUGUUAGAGAAUUUAUUUGUUCAAAUUGUUUUAUUUGAGUUAAAAAAAAUCAGAAAAAUGUGUGAUUUUUAGCAAAUGCCAUCUUGUGGAAAAAAAAGGAGUUGAGAGAUGGAUUUUUCUUUAAUGUGAAGACGAUACUCUUUGAAGUGGAAAUUUUUGUGAGUGUUCUUUAAAAGAAGAUGGAUUUAAAAAAUGAAAAAUUCAAGCAUUUAUUAUAUCUCUAAGGACCAAAUUUAAAAAAAAAUUUGUCAAAAUGCUUUAUCAAUUUAUCUUUUAGCAAAAGAUAUCAAAUUUUUGAAAGGUCUUUAAGAAAUAUCAAUGCUUAAUCAAUUUAUCUGUUAGCAGAGGGUUUUUAAUUCUAGGUAACUAAGUUAUAAUU